CAUCUGGCACAGCAGCCUCUGCACGUCCAGCUGCCUCCCGCCGCAGCUGGAGCUGUGCCCGUGCCCUGCAAGCUGAACCCUAGCGAAGCUCUGUCCCCCAAGGUCUACGGGGGUUUCCAGCUCGUCCCAGCCACCGACGGCCAGUUUGCUUUUCUCAUCCCGAAUCCUGCUUUUCCACCCAGCUCCGGACCGGUUAUUCCCCUCUAUGCCAACGCCAACGUGCCGGUGUCCGCGGGUAGUGGCUCAGGGAAUGCUGCUGCCACCCCCUCAGCAUCCCCAGUGCAGGGUUUGACAUCAUUUGGGGGCAGCAUUGGUCCAGCGUCCCAGGCUGGGAGUCCUGUUGGAGAGCGCAGUGAAUCCGUCUGGAGACCCUGGUGA